AUGAGCGGGACGCUGACAACCACGACAACCAGUGGCUUCCUAUCCACUGCAAAUCUAAUGUCCGGGUCGGGAAAAUAUUACUGCACGACUUCUAUUGCUGAACUCGCAUACUACUCCUCAGCGCUGCAAUGCAUGUUGCGGAAGAACGCUGCAUGUUCAUUGUCAUGCAAAGACGCAAGCUCUCACGCGAUUUAGGUUUUCGCACUAGAAAGUACCGCGGUCAAAAAUUUAUCAUGCGUAGCUCCUGCAUACCUCGGUCCGUUUGUGAUUCCUUUUUUCGCACGAGUCAGACCCAGACAUUUUUGCGUUUGAUACUUCCAGCUUGCGUACAACGCUACCAGCACAACGGCGACAACGACUCCCCUCGACCUUCUCGCGGCCGUGAAUGACGCGCUGGCGCAGUUGCAGGCGGCAACGGGGGGUGGCAGCCGGCGGGGAUUGGAAAGUAGUUCUACUGCGUGGUCCGAACGAGUAGAGGACGGCGCGGCUGCGAGAAUAGUACCCAGCGACCAAGAAAGCAGCCUGAUCGUUCCGAAGAAGACGGAUUUUGAAGCGAAUGUCGCGGAAGCACAACUAGAUCCUUCGUGCGCACCAGAAGAAAACAAGAACUCGGGCGCGAAAAUAGUCGCAGGAGCCGGACGAGUGUUCUUUGCCGUGAAGGAGCCGGCAGCUACUUCCGCAGCAUCACAGGAACAAGAGGAAGCAGGAUCACAGGAAGCAUCUUCCCGUGGUCUUCUUCAUCUGCAGCAGAGAAGAUCCUUGUCCAUGAUUUCCAGUGCGGAUACGCCCGCGGAGGUGGUGCGACGGGCCCUGCCGCAACUGGAGUAUCACACGCUUUGGAACACGGCGGUCUGCCUCGGGAUCACGCUCGUGACGUUCGUCUUUCUCGCGCUGCCCAUGCUACUCCUGCCGACCGAACAGAUGGACAGCAGCGUGAACAACAUUUGGACCGUGGUGCAGUGGGCCGUCCUGUUUCUUCCGCUCGCCUACGGCUGCAACUACUCCAUCCUCCACGGUUUCCGCCGGGGAUCGAGCGUCUCGCUGACGUACCUGUUUAGCUACGGGGCGGGGUUCGUGGAAUACCUGCUGUGCAUCUUGAUUUCCACCAGCAUUCUCUUCUUGCGCAUUGUUCUCGCGGAGAAGCACAGCUUCGUGCUGCAGGCCUGGUUUGUCCGCACGGAACAGAAUCAAGCAUUGGCCGCGAUGCGUGCACAAAUCGAGGGCGCGCAACUGCUGGCGUACUCGCAGGGCAGGCAGCAAGCGGAGCGCGACUUCCAGGCUGCGCAGGAAAUUGAGUUGCAAAGGUAGUGGUACAUUGGUCAGGAUAGAUUUACUUUUUGUGCAGUCCAGCAGGAGCAGCUGCUUGAGACAAAACUCUGUGUUGCGUGAAAGCAGUCCUAUCGCAUGACAGGUUAGAGCAGCAAGCCGGCACCACCGCGGUCCGAAUCGAACCCGCAUUGGAUAGUCCGACGCGCAACGCGCAACUCGCGAUGGAUGCGGCCGCGAGGAAUAACCGAAAAGCGGAAAUCAGCCCCAGUCCGAAGCAAGACAUCCCGCGGCCGUCGUCGAAGACAAGUAGCAGCAAGAGAGGUACUGCCUCUUGUUCGCGUUCACACUCAGAGUCUACUCGAUGUUUAUGACAAAGCCGAGAUUUAGCAUUUGAGUUGUAGCAGAAGAAGAAGAAAAUUCUUCUAUACUCUGAAGGCACAGGUCCAGCACAUCAAAAUGAAAUCAACCUGUUUCUUUCUCCUCAUGCAGGUGCUAGAAAAUCUCCGCCUUCCCCCCCGUCCCGUCGCAACAGUAACGUGGACACGUACAUGAGCCGCAGCAUGGAAGCGUACUUGGCGCAGAGUGCGGUGAACGACCGAACCACAAAUGAUCCGGCCGAACAACCCGCGUCGUCGCUGGGACCUCCACGUGUCGAAGACACAACAGUGCAAGGAAAUAAUAAAACCAAUUCCGCGUCGGCGGUUUUUCUCGCAGAAAGCAGCCACUCGGCGGUACCGCCGCCGACCCCGUCCCGCUCCCGCCUGCACCAACCGCCCCCGGCACUGGCCGCUCUCGCGCGGGACGCCGCGGUGGACUGGAGUAGUGCGGGAGUGGAUUGGAUCCGGAAGCAGAAAACGGCGCUGCUGCUCGCGUUGCUGGAGUGCUGUGUGAAAGUGCAACUGCUGCUUUGGUUUUUGCUCUUCGUCUCCGUCUCGCUACUCCGGGCCUGGUUCCCGGCGCUCCACGACCUGAUGACAGCGAGUGACAGCUUGGGGAUGCGCAGGAAGAGCGCGCUGGUGGCGCUGUUCGAGGUGACGCUGCUCCUGCUGUACUUCCACCUCUUCUUGCCUUUUUUGGGGUCUUUGCUCACUGUGCAGUGCACGCGGGCGGUCAAGGUAACGAACAUAUACUUCGACCGCAUCGCCGCGGAGGAUCUGCGGGCCGGUCGGGCCUUCGCAAGUCACGACCAUUUCAACCACCAAGACGCGCGGCUGCUGUUCACGAAAGUGGCCUGUUUUUUGAACUUCAUGCUGGACGUGGUCAGGUAUAGCGAAGCAGGCUGGAUUUGUGAUGUGAUGUGCAUGUGUAGUAGUCUAGGGUGUAGUUUUUCUGGUACAACUAGGAUCAUGCAUCAACACGGGAAGGAUAGAACAACCUUAGGUACGUGUGCGGCCGCGCACUGCUGCUCCAGGUCUCCAGCCUGUAUUUCCUUCUCUUCCUCGCCCUGAUAGACGGGCUGCGAAACCUCGGCGAGUUUGGCGGCAAGUGGCAGGAGGUUCUGAUAGUGUUCGGCCGGGACGAAGACUACGACGGGAGCGCCGGUGCGCGGGUACGGCUGUUGCUCCGCAUGCUGGACACACUGGGGACGGUGUCGGUUCAGCUGCCGUGGAGUUUAUGAGCUGCAAAAGUAUCGUACUCGUAUAAAUGCAUUACGAAUUUCCUCAGCGUGAGAAAUAAAAUUUGUAAUGCGGAUCUACCUUGACAGAAAUGCAGGGCUUGCAUUUAUACGAAUACGAUACUUUUGCACAGGAUAGAGUUUGGAGAUCGACUACCGGGUGCUUGCCCUGGAAAACUGGGACCUAAUCACCGCUAGAUUCGCGGAGACGGUACAGAGGAGAACGAGUGAAGUAGACGCAACAGGAGCGGCGGCAGUAGAGGGGCAGCAGCAACUGCCGGAGAGACCACUGCAAACACCCUCGAGCAAACAAAGUGCACGACCGGGAACAAGAACAAGUAGACAACAAGAAGGUCUUGUUCAAAAUGGCGAAAUAAACACGAGCGUCGUCGCCCCGCGAUCUCCUUCGCCGCAACACAUUAAUAGCCUUGGUGUUGCAAGUGCAGCUCCACCUUUGGGAGGUGCAGCAGCAACAAGUGCGUCAUCCUACCAGGAGCCGCGUUUCCCCCGCCGCUCGGACACGACGGUGAAGCUAUCCUUUCUGAACAUGAACCUGAAAGUGCGGUCGGUGCCCAAAGCGUUUGAACUCUACCACAAAUACGUGUACUUCCAGCACACGGAAAAUUUGAUUUCCCCCGAGCAGGCGCCGCCCGACACGGCGCACCAAAUCGCUGAAGCGACGCUGUCGCCGGUGCACUCGCCGACGAAUGGUGCACUCCGAGAAAAUAACGGGGAGGCGGGGGAAGUAGAAAUGCUGGGCGGUCUCCACCUGGACUCCCCGACCGCCUCUCAGCACCUGCACCUCGACUCCCCGAGCGCGGGCGUGCACCAACCCGCAGAGCACAUCCUCGCCGCAGCGAUCCGGCAGGACGGCGCGCGGUCGCCGACAACGUCGAUGCGACCGGAUCCGUUGAGCGAGCUCACCGCGACAGACGCGGCGUUGCUCGCAAGGGCGCAGAUGCGGGAGGGGGCGCACAGGAGUGAGGAUGAAUUGCAGCUCUCAGAGAGAACAACAGACCAUGACCGAAGAGGAGAAACAGCGGCAGGAACAACGUAUCAAGCUGAAGUAUUAACCUCGGAAGAUCAUGAACAUCAAAAUCAAAUGAAAAGCGGUGGCGCCCGAAAUGAUCCGAAUCCGGGUAGCAGCCCGAGCGAGGUUCUGCUAGUGACCGGCGUGUUGAAUUUUGACAAUCUUCGCCCCGGCAGCCAUUCCUCCUCCUCCGCCAGCAGCGGCAGCACUACCCGGGAUUUGAUGCCGGGCAUGACAAAAUAUCUCGCGGAGGGCGAGCUCCAAAUGGCCGCGGCAACCUCCAGUGCGGAAGAACAAGGGCCGCCGGUCAAGCCAAGUAGGCCGGACUCCUACCGAACUAGAAGAAGCAGAGAUGAACACACAGCGAACGAGAAUUUUUACCAGGAGAGAGGCUCCUCUUCGAGUACUAGCAAGGACAUCAAGAAAGAGCCUCCAGGACCACGUGGUGACGUUUUUGAGAAGGAAAACGAAAAGGACAACAGUCCGGACGCUCCAUCCCGCACGUCGUCUCGUCGGUUUAAGCAACUCAGCAUCGAUAUCACACAGAAAAAAGCAGGCAGAUCGUAUUUGUAAUGCAAAAACACACGCGCAAAAAGAUCUGCACUGCAUGCCUCAAGCAGCAUGCUAUGGGGCUGUCCAUGACAAAUUUUUCUGUGUAUUUAUUUUUGCAUUACAAAUACGACCUGCCGGCUUUUUUCUCUGGGAUAAUCGAGGUGGAGGAGUCGCCGAAGCCAAAACAGCCACUGCAGCAGCACCAAGUGAACUUACCCGGCAUGGCCGUGAUGGGCUACGCGCCGCCAAUCGCGGGAGGAGGUAGUGCGCAGGGCAGAGGGCCACCACAACGGGGAGCAGGAGGACAAGCUUUCUCUCUGCACACAGCCGCGGGGCACCAGCAAAGUAGCAGUCCGACACAUUUACUGCGACAGAACCAAGCGGUUGUCGCGGUGAACGGAUCGGUAUCUUCCGUGAAAACGUUCCCAUCCUGCAGUCACGAUGGCACGAGCUUUGCUACACAAAAGGCAAGAACUUUAUUUGGCCGUUGCGCACCAUUACAAAAACUUUAUUCGGUCGUCUCUAAUGUACUACUAGUCGUGGUUAGCAUCAGCUCGUUGUGCAGUCGCAUCACAAGUCGAUGGUCUCAUCGUGAUUAAAUCACGACCAAUUUUAUCCCGAUAGCAUUAGCCAAGGAGGUGCUCGAUGGAGCUGUGCAUGAGAAACAUUUUAGGCCUCCACCAGGUCCGCACGACAAAAAAUAUCGGGUUGGGACGUUUUUCCUGGGGACAGUUGGGCCAUUUAGACCCGUCGACGACGGAGUACGUGGUGGGAAAGCCACAACUCGAAAAUUGGUACGAGCAAGACCGGCAAAGCGAGUACCAGCACGCUGUGGACAAUGUUUUGCUCCAGUGCUUACAAACGGAAAUCCAGGAGCAAAUUUUGCUGCGGUUCAAAUUGCGACUGUCCGCGAAGAUUUUUGCUUCGUUGCUCUUCUUCCUGACCCCUCUACUACUCCCGAGCAUCGCGCCCGCAACGGGAAAGCACACAGUGUCUCUACCAACCGUGAACUUGGCGAACUUUUUCAAAGUCAGCAACGACCCGUCGGAGUACAGCAUGAAGGUGGACGGGGAGACGACAGAAGAAAGGUUGAAGUCGCCUUUUAGCAAGAUCGCGUUUGUCGGCGCGCUGGUCUACAUGCUGCUGGACUUGUCCGAAUGCAUGGUUCUCGCGACCAUACUAUCAACUGUAAAAAUGUCUGGGUCUGGAAGAAUUCAUGUCUGUCAUGCUUGUCUGGCAUGACUUUUAAAUCUGUCAUGCACGUUACCCAAGAGCUCCGUUUUUCUGUGAUGCAGAAGCGCAGUUUGUCAUGCAGAAUAGGCAACGCCUAAGAUCUCAGAAACUUGUCAUGCUGAGCCAGCAUUUGUAGCGUCAUCAUGAGACGCCACCCAGCAUCACAAGUUUCCAGACCCAGACAUUUUUACUUUUGAUACAUACCGGUCACCUCCGAAAACGCGAACCACCUCCCGCCCCGGAACCUGAAGGAUGUGCUGGCUGCGGGGAAGCAGUUACGCCUUGCGAUGCUGAGCUUCUGCGUCUUCGUUGCGGUUUUGUUCUAUCACAGCAUUGCAAAUCCGUUCAAUUUAGACUUACUCACGGCGCACGUCGAGAAGUAUUCGUUUGGAUUGACGGAAGCAGCCCUGCAUUUGGACACGGAGGAAAAGCACAAGGACCUCCUGGGGCUGAUCCACACCUACUGCAGCAGCGGCUGAUAAUAUUUUCCCAAGGCACAGUGUCAGCUUUUUUUUUGAUUUUUUUAAAACUGCCCGCAGCUGCUCUCCACAGUAGCGCCUGCAGGUGCUGCCGCAAUUAUUGGUAGGCGUGCGAAAGAAAUUGCACAAAGGCAAAGAAAGAUGCAGGAAAGUUAAUAAAUCAAAGCAAGAAUUGAAUCACGUUUUAAGUCGCACGAAUCUCAAGUCGCACGAAAGAGUCACGUACUAUAGCGCACAAAUUGAGUCACGUUUUAAGUCGCACAAAUUGAAUCACGGUUUAAGUCGCACGAAUGGAAUCCCGAAGACUACUAAAACACUUGGCGCGCACAGAGCUGCCUAGUCGCAAUAGAGGUUGAAACACUUAUGAGCUCACUGUCGCGUUUCCCGAUUGAUGGUCGCUACACAAUUUUUUUUCAUAACUUUGGAACCUGGUUGAGGUUGUAUCUUUCUCCCCAAUGCACCCUGUACAAUUUCCAAUGCGUCGAAUGCCUUGUGCAGGCCGAGCUUCCCCCUGAGCUGCACAGAUGACGAGUCGACAGAAAGAAAAACGCACUGUACCUACACAUUAUAGUGGGCUUAUAGUGCUUGUAGUGCCACCGAGACGAACAAUACACGUAUCUAUAGAAAGGGCUCUGUGCUGUUAGAUCCCGUGGCAAAU